CUCCCUUCUCGGGGGGCACCGCCACUCGCUGAGCUCGCCGCUUGCUGGAGAACACGCGUUCUUUGUUGCUCGUUUUGGGCGCUUCGCCACUGGUCAAAGCGUAGGUGCCGCAGAGCCCGCAUAAAAGGGCUGCACUUUGGAACUCGGUCCCUCCACUCCUGCAUACCAGCAACCCUCUCCCGCCACUCGUCUCAGCAUCAACUGUCUUCUUUGUAGCCAUUGAAGAUGCCGUCCAACACUGGCAAUGGUAGCAACACUGGCGACCGCAACGCCACCAACAAUAGCGGUACCAACACUAACAACAGCAACCCCGGUAACAAUAACAAUGGCGACGGUGACAACAACGCUGGGUUCGGCAUCAACUGGAACUCCAUGCUACACCCCGGGCUCCGGGACUCCGUGCUCGGGUUCCUCCGGUACACCACCAAUGCACCGGCGGCAGCGCAACGCGAAGCGGCGGCGGCGCUAGACCGCUUCACCGCCGCUCACAACCCGCAGCCUUCUGGCUCCCAGCACCCGGCCCCCCGUCGUCGAUCCGAACCGCCACCGCCUUACUCGCCGCCACCACCAUCGUACGCAUCGAUUUUCCCCAACCGCAUGCCGCCGCGACCAAGGAGUGGCCCCAGCUCGGUCCCGAUCCCAAUAGUCCGACAGCCCGACGACUCUGCGUUGCGUCGUGAGUUCGCGUUCUACGGCGAGCGCGACUUGCAGCGUGCCUUGAGGCAGAAUGCAGCGGAACCUUACGUUCCCGCUCCUGGCCCAGCUCCCGCGUCGACUUAUGCUCGACGAGCCUCGAGUGGUGCUGCGAGGCCCGCGCCAGUCCCCUCUGCAGGUCCUAGCAACGCACCGAGGCCCGCGCCGGUCCCUACUGCGGGUCCCAGCAACGCACCGAGGCCUGCCGCCGCACCUGCCGUGCCGUCCGCUGCUGCGCCUCCAGCACCACACCCACCAGCCGCCCCGCAACCCGACGCUCCCUACGACUACGCUGCGAACGCAGCGCGGGUGUUGUCUCACCCUGAUGGGGUCACGGCGCUAGUGACGAUGGGCGACGCUCGCACGCUCCUCCGCCGGCUCUUCGCGACACCGGGCGGCACACAGGCGAUCUUCGACGUGCUCGACGCGCAGGGCCUCGCGAACCAGCUCAUGUCCACCGAGGAGGGUCUCCGCGCCAUCGCCGAGGUCGCCGAACAGCGCCGCAGGGAGGCGCACGAGCUCGAGGAGCGUCUGGGUCGCAUCGUGCGCGGGGUGAGGAGGACCAGUGCGUGGCGACAGGACGAAGACUGGGAGGGCGGUGUCGUACGCCCGAGGCCUGAGGGCGAGCAGCCCGCAGAGGCUGGGCCUGCCGACAUCAACGAGUUCGUUGACGAUGCAGACAUGGCGGGCGCGGCGGACGGGGACGAUACCUCCGAUUCGUCCGAUGCAUCCUGGACGCAAGGAUCGUCGAGCUCACCAGGAUCGUCGGAAGCAUCAGGAUCGUCUGAAGCAUCCAGCUCGUCCUCGUCUUCAUCGUCAAGUCGCGGUACCAAGCGCAGUCGGGAGGAAGACGACUUCCAGUCUGCGUCUGGUUGGUCGACAGAGAGCAGUAGGGCCGUGCGUCGCAGGCUCAGUGAGGAUGCUGGCGAAGGCCAUACGGCCGCUCCCUCCACCCGUCGCCCGUUCGUUAGGGCGCCCACUCCAGGAAUAGGGCUGAUACACUAUCCGCCAACCGCAGACGACCUUGAGCUGCCGUCCUCGGGUGCGCCUACUCCUGACCUGGUGGAGGAUACCCGAUCCCCCUCGGUGACUCUCAUAGAGUCGGAUGACGAGGCGCCUGCUGAGCCUCCAAGACGACCGCGGCCGAAGAAGACCGGCCGCAAGCGCGGCUCUAAGGGCAAGUGAAAUUGAACAGCUUUUGUGGAUUGAAGUCAGAGUUACCAUCGUUUAUACCCGUGAUACCCUAACUUAUUACUCAUUGGAUCUCGCGCGGAACUUAUCGCAGGAGUUCGCUGGACUUCAUCAGAAGCUCCGGCGUGUAUACCCAUUAUACCCUCACUGACUUUCAACUGGAUCUUAUCUAGAGUGGUUUGCUUGCGAAGCGUUCGUCAUACUGGUGUACUUCUGGCUUUUGUAUUGCUGUACCGAAUUCUAUCUUUCUUCAAGCGCUGUAU